UUUCACGUGUGACGCCGCGUGACGUCACCGCCGGCCCGUGUUUACAGCCGCCUGCGGACCCGGGGGGUACAAAGUACCGGCACCGGGAACCGGGCACCGGCAUCGGGCACCGGGACGGGCAUCGGCACCGGGACGGGCAUCGGCACCGGCACCGGGCAGCGGCAUCGGGCACCGGCACCGGCAGCGGCAGCGGCAGCACCGCCGGGCUCCAGCCCCGGGCACCGGCAGCAGAACCGGGUACCGCCCGCGGACACCGGCACCGCCGCCCGGGUUCUCCCCGCAGCGCCCGCCCCGAUCGCCACCGGGCUCGGCAGCGGGGCUCGCCAUGGGGCAGGGCGCCCGGACGCGCCCCGGCUGACCGUCCCGGACCGUCCCGUCCCGUCCCGUCCCGUCCCGUCCCGACCCGCCCCGGCGGACCUUGGCCGGAGCGGAGCGUGGCGGCGGGCGCGGCCGGGGAUGCUGGCGGGAUGGCGAGCGCCGGGGCGGCCGCGCUGGCCCGGGCGCUGCUGGCCUGGGCGCUGGUGGCCCUGCCGCUCGCCCUGCCCCAGCCCCACGGGCGCCGGAAGGUGGUGGAGAAGGAGGCCAGCUUCGACACCACCUACGCCGACUGGGUGGACGCCGACCUGCUCAACAUCUACGCCUUCAACCACAGCGUCCGGAGGAACUGGACGGAGGGGGUGCGCGUGUCGGUGAACGUCCUCUCCGACCACAAGGACUUGCCCGUCCUCUUCGUGGUGAGGCAGAAGGAGGCGGUGGUCUCCUUCCAGGUGCCGCUCAUCCUCCGGGGACUGUAUCAGCGGAAAUACGCGUACCAGGAGGUGAGCCGCACGCUCUGCCAGCCCCAGACCAAGGCGGAGGUGGAGACCCAGCACUUCUACGUGGACGUCUCCACGCUGUCCCUCAACGCCUCCUACCAGCUGCGGGUCACCCGGGUGGAGAACUUCGUGCUGCGGACGAACGAACGGUUCGGCUUCAACGCCACGGCCGCUCAGCCGCAGUAUUUCAAGUAUGAGUUCCCCGAGGGAGUGGACUCGGUGGUCGUGAAGGUGACCUCGGCCAUGGCCUUCCCCUGCUCCGUCAUCUCCAUCCAGGACAUCCUGUGCCCCGUCUACGACUUGGACAACAACGUGGCCUUCAUCGGGAUGUACCAGACCAUGACGAAGAAGGCGGCCAUCACGGUGCAGAAGAAGGAUUUCCCCAGCAACAGCUUCUACGUGGUGGUGGUGGUGAAGACGGAGGAUGAGGCGUGCGGGGGGGCUUUGCCCUACUACCCCCUCUCCAAACAUGCCUCCCCAGAUGAGCCCGUGGAUCAGCACAACCGGCAGAAGAUGCUGGAGGUGAUGGUGUCGCCCGCCAUAACCUCGGAGGCCUAUGUCAGCAGCGUGCUUUUCUGCCUGGGCAUCUUCCUCUCCUUCUACGUCCUCACACUGGUCAUUGCCUGCUGGGAGAGCUGCCGGCAGCAGAAGAGGAAGGGGCUCCUGGCAGCCAUGGACUCGCCCAGCCUGGACACAGGAGUUCCCCACUGUCCCCCUGGGCCUCACUUGUCCCCCGUCUCCCCGGGGACAAAAGGAGGACCGGGAUGUCCCGGGGCUCGGGCUUCGCUGCUCUGGGGCUGGCAGGGCUGCGCUGGGGCUUGGGCGUCUCACCAAGUCUGUCUCUCUCUUUCCACGGCUUUCCGGGGACUCCCAGCAUCUCUACUGGGGCAUGCCCGCAGCAUCCCCGACUCCUUCCUGGGCCGUGCUCCCUACGACAGCUACGGUUACGGCUCCUUCGGCAACGGUUCCUCCAGCAGCGCCGAGGGCGUCACAGACAGCAUGGGCUCGGCAGAAGUCUCCUAUGGCUACGUGGGGCAGGAGCAGUUCAAGCGGCGCACGCCCUCCGCCCCGAUGAGGCCGCUGAGCAUUGCCAUGGGGGAGCGGUCGCUGGAGAACGUGGCCGGCCGGCCGCGCCUGGACUCUCUCAGCUCCAUCGAGGAGGAUGACUACGACACGCUGGCCGACAUUGACUACGACAAGAAUGUCAUCCGCACCAAGCAAUACCUCUGCGUGGCCGACCUGGCCCGCAAGGACAAGCGGGUGCUGCGGAAGAAGUACCAGAUCUACUUCUGGAACAUCGCCACCAUCGCUGUCUUCUACGCCCUCCCCGUCGUCCAGCUCGUCAUCACCUACCAGACGGUUGUGAACGUCACAGGCAACCAGGACAUCUGCUACUACAACUUUCUGUGCGCCCACCCGCUGGGGAACCUCAGCGCCUUCAACAACAUCCUCAGCAACCUGGGCUACGUCCUGCUGGGCUUGCUCUUCCUGCUCAUCAUCCUGCAGCGGGAGAUCAACUACAACCGGGCCCUCAUGCGCAACGACGCCAACGCCCUGGAGUGCGGCAUCCCCAAGCACUUCGGGCUCUUCUACGCCAUGGGCACCGCGCUGAUGAUGGAGGGGCUGCUCAGCGCCUGCUACCACGUCUGCCCCAACUACACCAACUUCCAGUUCGACACCUCCUUCAUGUACAUGAUCGCGGGGCUCUGCAUGCUGAAGCUCUACCAGAAACGCCACCCAGACAUCAACGCCAGCGCCUACAGCGCCUACGCCUGCCUGGCCCUCGUCAUCUUCUUCUCCGUCAUCGGCGUGGUCUUCGGCAAGGGGAACACAGCCUUCUGGAUCGUCUUCUCCGUCAUCCACAUCGUGGCCACCCUGCUGCUGAGCACCCAGCUCUACUACAUGGGCCGCUGGAAGCUGGACUCGGGCAUCCUGCGCAGGAUCCUGCACGUGCUGUACACGGACUGCAUCCGGCAGUGCAGCGGGCCCAUGUACGUGGAUCGGAUGGUGCUCCUGGUCAUGGGAAACAUCAUCAACUGGUCGCUCGCUGCCUACGGCCUCAUUGUCCGCCCCAAUGACUUCGCUUCCUACCUGCUGGCCAUCGGCAUCUGCAACCUCCUCCUCUACUUUGCCUUCUACAUCAUCAUGAAGCUCCGCAGCGGCGAGCGCAUCAAGCUCAUCCCCUUGCUCUGCAUCGUCGGCACCUCGGUGGUCUGGGGCUUCGCCCUCUUCUUCUUCUUCCAGGGGCUCAGCACCUGGCAGAAAACGCCGGCCGAGUCGCGGGAGCACAACCGUGACUGCAUCCUGCUCGACUUCUUCGACGACCACGACAUCUGGCACUUCCUCUCCUCCAUCGCCAUGUUCGGCUCCUUCCUGGUGCUGCUGACGCUGGACGAUGACCUGGACUGCGUCCAGCGGGACAAGAUCUACGUCUUCUAGGGACCCCACAGCCGCCCGCUGCCCUGGGGCUGUGCCAAACGCCCGGACCCCCCGGGGCGGUGCAUGCCCCUGGGGAGGGACGCCCGUGCUGCGGGUCCCGCCAGCCGCUCCGUCCCCCCUCCCCAAGCAGCCCGGGGGUCCCGGUGCACCUUCUCCCUAUCGGCCAGGUCCCUCCUUGUAGACGAAAGCGGGGUUGGGGGGCCGCUGGGGCAACCGUCCUCGGUGGCAAGUGACACUGGAAAAUGUGCUGCUGCUGCUCCGCGUGCCUGUGGUGCGGGGGGGGCCGGGGCGAGCGCCGUGCCAGCAGCCCCGCGGCCCCCCGAGCAGGCGGGCACGGGUCUCUCUUAGUGCCUGAGUCGUAUGGGUGGGAGGUGGGGGCGCGCGCGGUGGCGACGGCGGCAAUGCCAGGAGAGGCCCCACUCGCCUCUCCUUCAGCAUCCCGGGGGGGUGUCGGCCGCUGCGUGCCCCCCCGCCGCUGCCCCCCACCGAGGCUGCCAUGUGCCCUUCGUGCGCGGGUCUGCUGGGAAGGGACUCGCAUUAAAGUGUCUGCACUUUG